AUGGAUGAAAAGAAGGAUGAGAGAGUGGAUUUUAUGGCUGAGAUGAUUAAAACUGGAUUCAAGUGGGGCAGCAUGAAUUGGGACUUUCAAGAAGAGGCUGAUGAACCGAUUGCUGGAUUUGCUGGUGACAUCGCAAGUGGAGACGAUGAUGAUGAAGCUGAGGAAUUCAUGACUCCAAAUACUGGAGUUAGUUCAAGUUCAAGUUAUGUUAAGAAAAAGAAGAAAUUUCCAGAUGUGGGUGCAGAAACUCGAAAGAAAAAGGUGUUAUGCCAAAGGUUUGCAGCUACACAAAGGUCUGCAGCAACACAAAUGGUUUUUGAUGAAGACAUGGAGAUUUUAUUUUAA